UAUGAAUAAAUGACUUGUGGAAAUUCUGUUAAUCGUUCUGUUCGUACACUUUAUUUAAUCUCGAGAUACUUCUUUUCAUUGCAAGUUAUAUAUGCAUGUAAUGAUAAAGUGUUACAACCGGUUUCCUGUGGUUUGAACAGCAUGCAGCUGAAUUAGCAUGUAGCCGUUAGCUUACAGUGUCUGCUCAUUAUCUCACACUGGUAUUUCAUAUAGAGAUAUAAGUUUCUGUUAAUGUGAAGAUGAGUGAACUAAAGGACUGUCCACCUCUGAAGUACUAUGACUUCAAACCUGUGGACCAUGUGAAAGUGUGUCCACGCUACACAGCAGUGCUCAGCCGCUCAGAAGACGAUGGCAUUGGCAUCGAAGAGCUCGACACGCUUCAGCUGGAGCUGGAAACACUCCUCUCCUCUGCGAGUCGACGUCUCAGAGCACUGGAAGAACAGAGACAGAUCCUUACAGACUGGCAGGACAAAAAAGGGGACAAAAGGUUUCUGAAAUUAGGGAAGGAUCCAGAUCUCGCAGCUUCUUCUCGCCAUUCCAAGCCUAAAAAACCGAAGCUUGAUGGAAAAGGAAGUCAUGGUCCCGGACCUGGACCAGGUAGACCGAAGUCUAAGAACAUACAGACCAAGGUCCAAGACUUUGAAUUUGAUGUGGACCCCCAAGAUAUACCCCGCAACCCUAAAAAUGAUGCUCCCAACAGAUUCUGGGCCUCGGUGGAGCCUUACUGUGCAGACAUCACAAAUGAAGAGAUCAGAGUUCUGGAAGAGCUGCUCAAACCCCCUGAAGAUGAAGCUGAAUACUACAAGAUCCCAGCUCUCGGAAAGCACUAUUCUCAACGCUGGGCUCAGGAGGAUCUGUUAGAGGAGCAAAGAGAGGGGGCAAGAGCUAACGACAAGAAAAAAAGCAUGAUGGGUCCUCUUUCUGAACUGGAUGCUAAAGAUGUAGAUGCUCUACUGAAGAAAUCAGAGUCUCAGCAUGAACCUCCAGAGGACGGCUGUCCUUUUGGACCUCUUACUCAGCGGCUUCUACAAGCACUCGUUGAGGAAAACAUCAUAUCCCCUAUGGAGGAUUCCCCUAUUCCAGAUAUUCCAGGCAAGGAUGAUGGGGCUGGUACAUCACCUCGUAGCCAGGGUAAAGCUUUCAGUGUGCCUCACACACGCUCUCUGGAGGCUCGUAUAAGAGAGGAGCUGGUAUCUCAGGGGCUGCUGGACUCUGAUGAAAGGCAAGGUGUCGGAGGAGAGUCUGAAGACGAGGUACUGGCUGAGCUGCAGAAAAGACAGGCUGAACUCAAAGCGCUGACCGCCCACAACCGCUCACGCAAACAGGAACUGCUCAAGCUGGCACGGGAAGAGAUGCGAAAACAGGAACUUCGACAGCGGGUUCGAGUUGCUGAUAACGAGGUCAUGGAGGCCUUCCGUCGCAUCAUGGCAGCCAGGCAAAAGAAACGCACUCCAACCAAAAAAGAGAAAGAUCAGGCUUGGAAAGCCUUGAAAGAGAGAGAAAGCAUUCUCAAACUCUUAGAUGGAUAAAUAUGACCGGCAGCUAUUAUGUGGUGUUUUCUUUUAUAUGUAUGUUGGCUAUGGACACUUCAUAAAGACAACUUCAACUUCAACUUCAAAGACAACUUGAGCUACAUGAAAAUGUUGUGUAAUGUUCAUAUGUUUUGGUUACUCUCUAGCCAGAGUAAGACCUGACGUGACUAGUUGUAAUAAAUAGGUGUUUGACACAAUGGGUUUCAAGUGCCACUGACUUAAUAUUGUUGAUGCCAGAAGUGCGGCACCUUAAGUUUACCUUUUUGUUGUUGCCUUUCUGUAUAGUUCCCACAUGCAGCUGAUUAACAUAAUAAACUAUUUCUUUAAAGCUAUUGUCAUAGUGUUGAUAGUGUUUGUUACUUAAUGGGAUAGAGCAAUAACACAGUAUUUUGCGUUUUUAUAUGAUGGAAAGAAAGCUUUUAUAAAGGUAUUGUACAUGGAAACAUCACGUUUGUAAAAUUAUAUAUGUUGUUGUCAUUUCAGUCCAUGUUGAAUUUAGUUUGUAUGUAUCUGACAUUUUGUAAACACCUUCUAAGCCAUCACAGUGUGGUUGCAUGUAUGUGUGUGUUUGAAAAUA